UUCAGUCUGUUGGUCCACAGUGGAAUCUGGGUGAGGCAGUAUUAACAGGAUAAAUCAGGUUGCUAGUGUGGCUUAGAGGGUGACAUUUUUCCUUCAGGGGCCGGACGAAGGCUGAAGGGACCAGAGCCUGACACGGUGGAUGAUUCAAUAUGUGAAGAGCCAUCUGAAUUUAUAGAGGGGGAGAGACCUCGCCCACAAGGAUCCUCCCCUGUAGAUGAAUACCCUGAGACUGACGAAUACACUGACAUUGAUAAACAGGGUGGAGGUGGGAGUGGCAAGAAAGGAAAGAGGGGUUUUGGGUCCCUUUUUGAAAAGCGCUCCCCUGCCAAGAUGAGUGAACUGGAGAGCUCAGAGUCGGGAGUGAUUGUGAGAAUGGCAAAAGAGACAUGUGCCGAGGGUCUUGUUGUGAGCGGAGGAGGGAAGGAGGGCAUCUUCAUUAAGGAAGUGAGGCCAGAGUCCCCAGCCUCAAAGCUUCUUAGUGUACAUGAGGGUGAUCAGAUACUCAGUGCCACAGUGUAUUUUGACGAUGUUAAAUAUGAAGAUGCCCUUCAGAUAUUGGAACAUGCACAGCCUUACAAGAUGGAGUUACUUCUGAAACGCAAACCAAUAAAGAUAUCCACCCUUGAGAGUGAACCAGCCCUUGAAUCCCAAGUGGAACAAGGUUCCUCUCUGGAAAUGAGGGGACAUUCAAAGACAAAAAGGCACGGUGACCGAAUCUCUUGGCCCAACUUCCCCUCCUUUAGCAAAAGUCGAAAGUCCCAUUUUAAGAGGUCUCACAGUACCGCAGAUGCAGAUGAUCAGAGGAAGCUGGAGCUGAGCCCAACAACAAGUGACACAGAGUCGCCAAUCAAAUCUCAGGAGGCUGUCAAGGGCAGGACAAAGAAGCAGAAGAUAAAGUUGUCAAGUCUAAAGAUGAAGGGCCGCAAGAGCAGGUCUGUUGAACAGUCGGGCCAGGACACAGACAUACUAACUGUAGAAUGUGCGCAAGUUAUGGAAAUCCAACAGAGUCAAGAUGACAUAUACUCACCGGAUGGUCUAGAGAGCACAUCAGGAGAAACACCUCAAGUAUAUGUGUUUGAAUCAGAAUCAGAAAAAAUGGAACCCACCAAGAUAAAAAAUGAAUGCUCUCUUCCGGACCUGACAGGCACGGAAAACAAACAGCACAAGGUAGAACUCAUCAGACUGGACAAAACUUUGAAAACCACAGACAUAACAGUUGCUUUUGCUGAUCAAGAGAGUCCCUUAACCAAGACAUCUCUGGAGGAAAAUAAAAAUAAGAAAGAGAAGAAAGAGAGGUCAGAACUAAAGUUUAGGAUCAAGGGAAAGGAGACAAAAGACAAACACAAGCAUGAAAAACAUGUAAAAUCAUCCCCAAAAAGCAUGAAGAUACCAGGAGCAGAUAUCAUAACAUCUGAUCUGUCUGCACAUGACAAUACCUUGCUGAUUCCAACUAUAGUAUCACAUACUAAGCUGAUGGAGCGUCAACUCCCAAUUGACAUGUCAGAUGUAGGACUUAUCAGGAAAUCCCCUCAGAUUGGACAAGAACGAGACUUGAAAGAAACACAUGUUAAAACAAAUUUAAAUGCACAGGAAAUGCCUGCUAAGGUCACCAGUAUUACAAUGGAACCUGACUUGCAGAUGGAAAUACAGGCUUUAAAGUUACCUACAGAGACAAGCAUUGAUGACGUUUUAGUACAAAUUCGUACAAGGACUGCUACCAAGUUCAAGCUGCCAAGGGAGGACCUUGCUGACUUUGUUACUGCUGAACCUAUAAAAAUGACAGAUGUGAGGAUUGUAGAAAUGGAUGUGAAAAGCCUUAAAGUUGAGGAUAGGGGGUUGAAAAAACUUCCAAACCGUGAUGAUAUUGAGAUCCCCGGCAUGGAAGAUGCAUCAUCAACUGGCACCAAAACCCCAGUGAUCAAACAGCCUAAAACAGCAUUCACUCUUCCUGUUGAAGAAAUUCAGGCGCAGACUGUUCAGAUGGUUAUAGACGUUGGCAGAGUUAAAGAGGCUGUCUCCAAAUUGCCAGGGUUCAAGCUGCCGAAGGGUGAAACUGUAGGACUGCCUGCUCAUCAAGAAAUCACAAAGACAGAUGUGAAUACAGAAAGAGUAAAUGCGACAGUAGAAACCACCCGGUCUAAAAUCACAGACAUAAAGGCACAGUUGGACACGUAUGUCAAAAAGACUGACAUAAAUGCUUCACCUGAAAAGUUGAGCAGGAGCUCAGUUACCACAAUCAAAUUGCCAAAGAACCAACUUUCUGAUCUAGGUGCUCAUGAACCUAUUACUAUGACAGAAAUAUACCAUAAAAAAAGAAAAGAGGAAGCUGGAAGGACCAAUGAGGUUGAAAUCCAAAUUGAACUCCAUAAACGAGAGAACGUGGAGAUACCUGGGAUGGAAAAUAUACAUCAAAAAGGAUCUCCCAACCAAGUGGAAAGGGAAAAAGAGUUGGCAGUACCAGUACCUGAGUGGCCAACCAUCAAAGCUGAGGAGACAAAUGUUAUUCCUUACACUAAAGGAUUAGAUAAGAAGUCAAAGAAAUCAAAGAUGUCAAUGCCUGCUCCAAAUGUCGCCGUAGAUGUAUCUGAUGUGGAAAAGGACAUUAAGGUUCAAGGAACUGAAAUACCAGAACCCAAACUGACAUUGUCAGAAAUUAGCAUUGAAAAGCCAAGGGUUGAUAUAAAAGGUCCAAAUAAAGAUUUGGAUGUCAAUCUUAAAAAACUUGAAAUGUUCACUUCAACAGAACUCAAAGUGCAGGUCCAACCACCUAGCGUUGAACUCAAAGUGCCUUCUGGUGAAGUUGAAAUGCCUGAGGGAGCUGCUACAGAAAUGGAUGUAAAAAUGAAAAAGCCCAGGAUGUCAUUUGGAUGGUUUUCAAAACCAGAAGCGAAAGCACCCGAGGUUGAUAUCAGUCUUACAAACGUGGACUUUUCGCUUCCAGAAGGAAAGGUGGAGGUCAAAGAGCCAGACGUGAAAAUGAAAUCUCCAGAUGUUCAAAUUGAAAUUAAACAUGAUAUUGAGCUUGAGGGUCAAGGAAGUCAAUUUAAAUUACCAAAAUUUGGACUCUCGUUGCCGAGAGUUAAAGGUCCUGAAAUUGGCUUAAGUCUGUCAAAGACAGAUGUAGAUGUCGACUUACCAGAGGGAAGAGCAGACCUCCAACUACCUGAUGUGGAAGUCGGAGUGCCCUCUUUUGAAGUUGAAAUACCAGAAGCAGGUUCUAAAGAUAUUGAUGUGAAAAUGAGAAAGCCAAGAAUGUCAUUCCCCAAAUUUGGAUUUUCAAAACCUGAAGUGAAAGCACCAGAGGUUGAUAUCAGUCUCCCAGAGGUGGAUAUUUCUCUUCCAGGGGGAAAGUUGGAGGUCAAAAAGCCAGAGGUGGAAAUGAAAACUCCAGAGAUUCAAGUUGAUGUGAAAGAUUCCGUAGGCUCCCCCUCAAGAUUCAAAAUGCCAACUUUAAAAUUCCCUACAUUUGGAGCAGCUUCUCCAAAUGUCACAAUAGAGGUACCUGAUUUGGACAAGAACAUCAAGGUUCAUGGAACUGAAAUACCUGAACCCAAGCUGACAAUAUCAGCUUUUAACAUCGAAAAGCCAAGUGUUGACCUUAAAGGUCCAUCUAUAGAUGUAAAUCGUAAAAAAAAUGAAAACGUCACUUUACCAGAGGUCAAAAUGAAGGUCCAACCACCAAGCAUUGAACUCAAAGUGCCUUCUGGCGAAGUUGAAAUGCCUGAGGGAGCUGCUACAGAAAUGGAUGUAAAAAUGAAAAAGCCCAGGAUGUCAUUUGGAUGGUUUUCAAAACCAGAAGCGAAAGCACCCGAGGUUGAUAUCAGUCUUACAAACGUGGACAUUUCGCUUCCAGAAGGAAAGGUGGAGGUCAAAGAGCCAGACGUAGAAAUGAAAUCUCCAGAUGUUCAAAUUGAAAUGAAACAUGAUAUUGAGCUUGAGGGUCAAGGAAGUCAAUUUAAAUUACCAAAAUUUGGACUCUCGUUGCCGAGAGUUAAAGGUCCUGAAAUUGGCUUAAGUCUGUCAAAGACAGAUGUAGAUGUCGACUUUCCAGAGGGAAGAGCAGACCUUCAACUACCUGAUGUGGAAGUCGGAGUGCCCUCUGUUGAAGUUGAAAUACCAGAAGCAGGUUCUAAAGAUGUUGAUGUGAAAAUGAGAAAGCCAAGAAUGUCAUUCCCCAAAUUUGGAUUUUCAAAACCUGAAGUGAAAGCACCAGAGGUUGAUAUCAGUCUUCCAGAGGUGGAUAUUUCUCAUCCAGAGGGAAAGUUGGAGGUCAAAGAGCCAGAGGUGGAAAUGAAAACUCCAGAGAUUCAAGUUGAUGUGAAAGAUUCCGUAGGCUCCCCCUCAAGAUUCAAAAUGCCAACUUUAAAAUUCCCUAAAUUUGGAGCAGCUUCUCCAAAUGUCACAAUAGAGGUACCUGAUUUGGACAAGAACAUCAAGGUUCAUGGAACUGAAAUACCUGAACCCAAGCUGACAAUAUCAGCUUUUAACAUCGAAAAGCCAAGUGUUGACCUUAAAGGUCCAUCUAUAGAUGUCAAUCGUAAAAAAAAUGAAAACGUCACUUUACCAGAGGUCAAAAUGAAGGUCCAACCACCAAGCAUUGAACUCAAAGUGCCUUCUGGCGAAGUUGAAAUGCCUGAGGGAGCUGCUACAGAAAUGGAUGUAAAAAUGAAAAAGCCCAGGAUGUCAUUUGGAUGGUUUUCAAAACCAGAAGCGAAAGCACCCGAGGUUGAUAUCAGUCUUACAAACGUGGACAUUUCGCUUCCAGAAGGAAAGGUGGAGGUCAAAGAGCCAGACGUAGAAAUGAAAUCUCCAGAUGUUCAAAUUGAAAUGAAACAUGAUAUUGAGCUUGAGGGUCAAGGAAGUCAAUUUAAAUUACCAAAAUUUGGACUCUCGUUGCCGAGAGUUAAAGGUCCUAAAAUUGGCUUAAGUCUGUCAAAGACAGAUGUAGAUGUCGACUUUCCAGAGGGAAGAGCAGACCUCCAACUACCUGAUGUGGAAGUCGGAGUGCCCUCUGUUGAAGUUGAAAUACCAGAAGAAGGUUCUAAAGAUAUUGAUGUGAAAAUGAGAAAGCCAAGAAUGUCAUUCCCCAAAUUUGGAUUUUCAAAACCUGAAGUGAAAGCACCAGAGGUUGAUAUCAGUCUUCCAGAGGUGGAUAUUUCUCUUCCAGAGGGAAAGUUGGAGGUCAAAGAGCCAGAGGUGGAAAUGAAAACUCCAGAGAUUCAAGUUGAUGUGAAAGAUACCGUAGGCUCCCCCUCAAGAUUCAAAAUGCCAACUUUAAAAUUCCCUACAUUUGGAGCAGCUUCUCCAAAUGUCACAAUAGAGGUACCUGAUUUGGACAAGAACAUCAAGGUUCAUGGAACUGAAAUACCUGAACCCAAGCUGACAAUAUCAGCUUUUAACAUCGAAAAGCCAAGUGUUGACCUUAAAGGUCCAUCUAUAGAUGUAAAUCGUAAAAAAAAUGAAAACGUCACUUUACCAGAGGUCAAAAUGAAGGUCCAACCACCAAGCAUUGAACUCAAAGUGCCUUCUGGCGAAGUUGAAAUGCCUGAGGGAGCUGCUACAGAAAUGGAUGUAAAAAUGAAAAAGCCCAGGAUGUCAUUUGGAUGGUUUUCAAAACCAGAAGCGAAAGCACCCGAGGUUGAUAUCAGUCUUACAAACGUGGACAUUUCGCUUCCAGAAGGAAAGGUGGAGGUCAAAGAGCCAGACGUAGAAAUGAAAUCUCCAGAUGUUCAAAUUGAAAUGAAACAUGAUAUUGAGCUUGAGGGUCAAGGAAGUCAAUUUAAAUUACCAAAAUUUGGACUCUCGUUGCCGAGAGUUAAAGGUCCUGAAAUUGGCUUAAGUCUGUCAAAGACAGAUGUAGAUGUCGACUUUCCAGAGGGAAGAGCAGACCUUCAACUACCUGAUGUGGAAGUCGGAGUGCCCUCUGUUGAAGUUGAAAUACCAGAAGCAGGUUCUAAAGAUAUUGAUGUGAAAAUGAGAAAGCCAAGAAUGUCAUUCCCCAAAUUUGGAUUUUCAAAACCUGAAGUGAAAGCACCAGAGGUUGAUAUCAGUCUUCCAGAGGUGGAUAUUUCUCUUCCAGAGGGAAAGUUGGAGGUCAAAGAGCCAGAGGUGGAAAUGAAAACUCCAGAGAUUCAAGUUGAUGUGAAAGAUUCCGUAGGCUCCCCCUCAAGAUUCAAAAUGCCAACUUUAAAAUUCCCUACAUUUGGAGCAGCUUCUCCAAAUGUCACAAUAGAGGUACCUGAUUUGGACAAGAACAUCAAGGUUCAUGGAACUGAAAUACCUGAACCCAAGCUGACAAUAUCAGCUUUUAACAUCGAAAAGCCAAGUGUUGACCUUAAAGGUCCAUCUAUAGAUGUCAAUCGUAAAAAAAAUGAAAACGUCACUUUACCAGAGGUCAAAAUGAAGGUCCAACCACCAAGCAUUGAACUCAAAGUGCCUUCUGGCGAAGUUGAAAUGCCUGAGGGAGCUGCUACAGAAAUGGAUGUAAAAAUGAAAAAGCCCAGGAUGUCAUUUGGAUGGUUUUCAAAACCAGAAGCGAAAGCACCCGAGGUUGAUAUCAGUCUUACAAACGUGGACAUUUCGCUUCCAGAAGGAAAGGUGGAGGUCAAAGAGCCAGACGUAGAAAUGAAAUCUCCAGAUGUUCAAAUUGAAAUGAAACAUGAUAUUGAGCUUGAGGGUCAAGGAAGUCAAUUUAAAUUACCAAAAUUUGGACUCUCGUUGCCGAGAGUUAAAGGUCCUGAAAUUGGCUUAAGUCUGUCAAAGACAGAUGUAGAUGUCGACUUUCCAGAGGGAAGAGCAGACCUUCAACUACCUGAUGUGGAAGUCGGAGUGCCCUCUGUUGAAGUUGAAAUACCAGAAGCAGGUUCUAAAGAUGUUGAUGUGAAAAUGAGAAAGCCAAGAAUGUCAUUCCCCAAAUUUGGAUUUUCAAAACCUGAAGUGAAAGCACCAGAGGUUGAUAUCAGUCUUCCAGAGGUGGAUAUUUCUCAUCCAGAGGGAAAGUUGGAGGUCAAAGAGCCAGAGGUGGAAAUGAAAACUCCAGAGAUUCAAGUUGAUGUGAAAGAUUCCGUAGGCUCCCCCUCAAGAUUCAAAAUGCCAACUUUAAAAUUCCCUAAAUUUGGAGCAGCUUCUCCAAAUGUCACAAUAGAGGUACCUGAUUUGGACAAGAACAUCAAGGUUCAUGGAACUGAAAUACCUGAACCCAAGCUGACAAUAUCAGCUUUUAACAUCGAAAAGCCAAGUGUUGACCUUAAAGGUCCAUCUAUAGAUGUCAAUCGUAAAAAAAAUGAAAACGUCACUUUACCAGAGGUCAAAAUGAAGGUCCAACCACCAAGCAUUGAACUCAAAGUGCCUUCUGGCGAAGUUGAAAUGCCUGAGGGAGCUGCUACAGAAAUGGAUGUAAAAAUGAAAAAGCCCAGGAUGUCAUUUGGAUGGUUUUCAAAACCAGAAGCGAAAGCACCCGAGGUUGAUAUCAGUCUUACAAACGUGGACAUUUCGCUUCCAGAAGGAAAGGUGGAGGUCAAAGAGCCAGACGUAGAAAUGAAAUCUCCAGAUGUUCAAAUUGAAAUGAAACAUGAUAUUGAGCUUGAGGGUCAAGGAAGUCAAUUUAAAUUACCAAAAUUUGGACUCUCGUUGCCGAGAGUUAAAGGUCCUAAAAUUGGCUUAAGUCUGUCAAAGACAGAUGUAGAUGUCGACUUUCCAGAGGGAAGAGCAGACCUCCAACUACCUGAUGUGGAAGUCGGAGUGCCCUCUGUUGAAGUUGAAAUACCAGAAGAAGGUUCUAAAGAUAUUGAUGUGAAAAUGAGAAAGCCAAGAAUGUCAUUCCCCAAAUUUGGAUUUUCAAAACCUGAAGUGAAAGCACCAGAGGUUGAUAUCAGUCUUCCAGAGGUGGAUAUUUCUCUUCCAGAGGGAAAGUUGGAGGUCAAAGAGCCAGAGGUGGAAAUGAAAACUCCAGAGAUUCAAGUUGAUGUGAAAGAUACCGUAGGCUCCCCCUCAAGAUUCAAAAUGCCAACUUUAAAAUUCCCUACAUUUGGAGCAGCUUCUCCAAAUGUCACAAUAGAGGUACCUGAUUUGGACAAGAACAUCAAGGUUCAUGGAACUGAAAUACCUGAACCCAAGCUGACAAUAUCAGCUUUUAACAUCGAAAAGCCAAGUGUUGACCUUAAAGGUCCAUCUAUAGAUGUAAAUCGUAAAAAAAAUGAAAACGUCACUUUACCAGAGGUCAAAAUGAAGGUCCAACCACCAAGCAUUGAACUCAAAGUGCCUUCUGGCGAAGUUGAAAUGCCUGAGGGAGCUGCUACAGAAAUGGAUGUAAAAAUGAAAAAGCCCAGGAUGUCAUUUGGAUGGUUUUCAAAACCAGAAGCGAAAGCACCCGAGGUUGAUAUCAGUCUUACAAACGUGGACAUUUCGCUUCCAGAAGGAAAGGUGGAGGUCAAAGAGCCAGACGUAGAAAUGAAAUCUCCAGAUGUUCAAAUUGAAAUGAAACAUGAUAUUGAGCUUGAGGGUCAAGGAAGUCAAUUUAAAUUACCAAAAUUUGGACUCUCGUUGCCGAGAGUUAAAGGUCCUGAAAUUGGCUUAAGUCUGUCAAAGACAGAUGUAGAUGUCGACUUUCCAGAGGGAAGAGCAGACCUUCAACUACCUGAUGUGGAAGUCGGAGUGCCCUCUGUUGAAGUUGAAAUACCAGAAGCAGGUUCUAAAGAUAUUGAUGUGAAAAUGAGAAAGCCAAGAAUGUCAUUCCCCAAAUUUGGAUUUUCAAAACCUGAAGUGAAAGCACCAGAGGUUGAUAUCAGUCUUCCAGAGGUGGAUAUUUCUCAUCCAGAGGGAAAGUUGGAGGUCAAAGAGCCAGAGGUGGAAAUGAAAACUCCAGAGAUUCAAGUUGAUGUGAAAGAUUCCGUAGGCUCCCCCUCAAGAUUCAAAAUGCCAACUUUAAAAUUCCCUACAUUUGGAGCAGCUUCUCCAAAUGUCACAAUAGAGGUACCUGAUUUGGACAAGAACAUCAAGGUUCAUGGAACUGAAAUACCUGAACCCAAGCUGACAAUAUCAGCUUUUAACAUCGAAAAGCCAAGUGUUGACCUUAAAGGUCCAUCUAUAGAUGUCAAUCGUAAAAAAAAUGAAAACGUCACUUUACCAGAGGUCAAAAUGAAGGUCCAACCACCAAGCAUUGAACUCAAAGUGCCUUCUGGCGAAGUUGAAAUGCCUGAGGGAGCUGCUACAGAAAUGGAUGUAAAAAUGAAAAAGCCCAGGAUGUCAUUUGGAUGGUUUUCAAAACCAGAAGCGAAAGCACCCGAGGUUGAUAUCAGUCUUACAAACGUGGACAUUUCGCUUCCAGAAGGAAAGGUGGAGGUCAAAGAGCCAGACGUAGAAAUGAAAUCUCCAGAUGUUCAAAUUGAAAUGAAACAUGAUAUUGAGCUUGAGGGUCAAGGAAGUCAAUUUAAAUUACCAAAAUUUGGACUCUCGUUGCCGAGAGUUAAAGGUCCUGAAAUUGGCUUAAGUCUGUCAAAGACAGAUGUAGAUGUCGACUUUCCAGAGGGAAGAGCAGACCUUCAACUACCUGAUGUGGAAGUCGGAGUGCCCUCUGUUGAAGUUGAAAUACCAGAAGCAGGUUCUAAAGAUGUUGAUGUGAAAAUGAGAAAGCCAAGAAUGUCAUUCCCCAAAUUUGGAUUUUCAAAACCUGAAGUGAAAGCACCAGAGGUUGAUAUCAGUCUUCCAGAGGUGGAUAUUUCUCAUCCAGAGGGAAAGUUGGAGGUCAAAGAGCCAGAGGUGGAAAUGAAAACUCCAGAGAUUCAAGUUGAUGUGAAAGAUUCCGUAGGCUCCCCCUCAAGAUUCAAAAUGCCAACUUUAAAAUUCCCUAAAUUUGGAGCAGCUUCUCCAAAUGUCACAAUAGAGGUACCUGAUUUGGACAAGAACAUCAAGGUUCAUGGAACUGAAAUACCUGAACCCAAGCUGACAAUAUCAGCUUUUAACAUCGAAAAGCCAAGUGUUGACCUUAAAGGUCCAUCUAUAGAUGUCAAUCGUAAAAAAAAUGAAAACGUCACUUUACCAGAGGUCAAAUUGAAGGUCCAACCACCAAGCAUUGAACUCAAAGUGCCUUCUGGCGAAGUUGAAAUGCCUGAGGGAGCUGCUACAGAAAUGGAUGUAAAAAUGAAAAAGCCCAGGAUGUCAUUUGGAUGGUUUUCAAAACCAGAAGCGAAAGCACCCGAGGUUGAUAUCAGUCUUACAAACGUGGACAUUUCGCUUCCAGAAGGAAAGGUGGAGGUCAAAGAGCCAGACGUAGAAAUGAAAUCUCCAGAUGUUCAAAUUGAAAUGAAACAUGAUAUUGAGCUUGAGGGUCAAGGAAGUCAAUUUAAAUUACCAAAAUUUGGACUCUCGUUGCCGAGAGUUAAAGGUCCUGAAAUUGGCUUAAGUCUGUCAAAGACAGAUGUAGAUGUCGACUUUCCAGAGGGAAGAGCAGACCUUCAACUACCUGAUGUGGAAGUCGGAGUGCCCUCUGUUGAAGUUGAAAUACCAGAAGCAGGUUCUAAAGAUAUUGAUGUGAAAAUGAGAAAGCCAAGAAUGUCAUUCCCCAAAUUUGGAUUUUCAAAACCUGAAGUGAAAGCACCAGAGGUUGAUAUCAGUCUUCCAGAGGUGGAUAUUUCUCAUCCAGAGGGAAAGUUGGAGGUCAAAGAGCCAGAGGUGGAAAUGAAAACUCCAGAGAUUCAAGUUGAUGUGAAAGAUUCCGUAGGCUCCCCCUCAAGAUUCAAAAUGCCAACUUUAAAAUUCCCUACAUUUGGAGCAGCUUCUCCAAAUGUCACAAUAGAGGUACCUGAUUUGGACAAGAACAUCAAGGUUCAUGGAACUGAAAUACCUGAACCCAAGCUGACAAUAUCAGCUUUUAACAUCGAAAAGCCAAGUGUUGACCUUAAAGGUCCAUCUAUAGAUGUCAAUCGUAAAAAAAAUGAAAACGUCACUUUACCAGAGGUCAAAAUGAAGGUCCAACCACCAAGCAUUGAACUCAAAGUGCCUUCUGGCGAAGUUGAAAUGCCUGAGGGAGCUGCUACAGAAAUGGAUGUAAAAAUGAAAAAGCCCAGGAUGUCAUUUGGAUGGUUUUCAAAACCAGAAGCGAAAGCACCCGAGGUUGAUAUCAGUCUUACAAACGUGGACAUUUCGCUUCCAGAAGGAAAGGUGGAGGUCAAAGAGCCAGACGUAGAAAUGAAAUCUCCAGAUGUUCAAAUUGAAAUGAAACAUGAUAUUGAGCUUGAGGGUCAAGGAAGUCAAUUUAAAUUACCAAAAUUUGGACUCUCGUUGCCGAGAGUUAAAGGUCCUGAAAUUGGCUUAAGUCUGUCAAAGACAGAUGUAGAUGUCGACUUUCCAGAGGGAAGAGCAGACCUUCAACUACCUGAUGUGGAAGUCGGAGUGCCCUCUGUUGAAGUUGAAAUACCAGAAGCAGGUUCUAAAGAUGUUGAUGUGAAAAUGAGAAAGCCAAGAAUGUCAUUCCCCAAAUUUGGAUUUUCAAAACCUGAAGUGAAAGCACCAGAGGUUGAUAUCAGUCUUCCAGAGGUGGAUAUUUCUCAUCCAGAGGGAAAGUUGGAGGUCAAAGAGCCAGAGGUGGAAAUGAAAACUCCAGAGAUUCAAGUUGAUGUGAAAGAUUCCGUAGGCUCCCCCUCAAGAUUCAAAAUGCCAACUUUAAAAUUCCCUAAAUUUGGAGCAGCUUCUCCAAAUGUCACAAUAGAGGUACCUGAUUUGGACAAGAACAUCAAGGUUCAUGGAACUGAAAUACCUGAACCCAAGCUGACAAUAUCAGCUUUUAACAUCGAAAAGCCAAGUGUUGACCUUAAAGGUCCAUCUAUAGAUGUCAAUCGUAAAAAAAAUGAAAACGUCACUUUACCAGAGGUCAAAUUGAAGGUCCAACCACCAAGCAUUGAACUCAAAGUGCCUUCUGGCGAAGUUGAAAUGCCUGAGGGAGCUGCUACAGAAAUGGAUGUAAAAAUGAAAAAGCCCAGGAUGUCAUUUGGAUGGUUUUCAAAACCAGAAGCGAAAGCACCCGAGGUUGAUAUCAGUCUUACAAACGUGGACAUUUCGCUUCCAGAAGGAAAGGUGGAGGUCAAAGAGCCAGACGUAGAAAUGAAAUCUCCAGAUGUUCAAAUUGAAAUGAAACAUGAUAUUGAGCUUGAGGGUCAAGGAAGUCAAUUUAAAUUACCAAAAUUUGGACUCUCGUUGCCGAGAGUUAAAGGUCCUGAUAUUGGCUUAAGUCUGUCAAAGACAGAUGUAGAUGUCGACUUUCCAGAGGGAAGAGCAGACCUCCAACUACCUGAUGUGGAAGUCGGAGUGCCCUCUGUUGAAGUUGAAAUACCAGAAGCAGGUUCUAAAGAUACUGAUGUGAAAAUGAGAAAGCCAAGAAUGUCAUUCCCCAAAUUUGGAUUUUCAAAACCUGAAGUGAAAGCACCAGAGGUUGAUAUCAGUCUUCCAGAGGUGGAUAUUUCUCUUCCAGAGGGAAAGUUGGAGGUCAAAGAGCCAGAGGUGGAAAUGAAAACUCCAGAGAUUCAAGUUGAUGUGAAAGAUACCGUAGGCUCCCCCUCAAGAUUCAAAAUGCCAACUUUAAAAUUCCCUAAAUUUGGAGCAGCUUCUCCAAAUGUCACAAUAGAGGUACCUGAUUUGGACAAGAACAUCAAGGUUCAUGGAACUGAAAUACCUGAACCCAAGCUGACAAUAUCAGCUUUUAACAUCGAAAAGCCAAGUGUUGACCUUAAAGGUCCAUCUAUAGAUGUCAAUCGUAAAAAAAAUGAAAACGUCACUUUACCAGAGGUCAAAAUGAAGGUCCAACCACCAAGCAUUGAACUCAAAGUGCCUUCUGGCGAAGUUGAAAUGCCUGAGGGAGCUGCUACAGAAAUGGAUGUAAAAAUGAAAAAGCCCAGGAUGUCAUUUGGAUGGUUUUCAAAACCAGAAGCGAAAGCACCCGAGGUUGAUAUCAGUCUUACAAACGUGGACAUUUCGCUUCCAGAAGGAAAGGUGGAGGUCAAAGAGCCAGACGUAGAAAUGAAAUCUCCAGAUGUUCAAAUUGAAAUGAAACAUGAUAUUGAGCUUGAGGGUCAAGGAAGUCAAUUUAAAUUACCAAAAUUUGGACUCUCGUUGCCGAGAGUUAAAGGUCCUAAAAUUGGCUUAAGUCUGUCAAAGACAGAUGUAGAUGUCGACUUUCCAGAGGGAAGAGCAGACCUCCAACUACCUGAUGUGGAAGUCGGAGUGCCCUCUGUUGAAGUUGAAAUACCAGAAGCAGGUUCUAAAGAUAUUGAUGUGAAAAUGAGAAAGCCAAGAAUGUCAUUCCCCAAAUUUGGAUUUUCAAAACCUGAAGUGAAAGCACCAGAGGUUGAUAUCAGUCUUCCAGAGGUGGAUAUUUCUCAUCCAGAGGGAAAGUUGGAGGUCAAAGAGCCAGAGGUGGAAAUGAAAACUCCAGAGAUUCAAGUUGAUGUGAAAGAUACCGUAGGCUCCCCCUCAAGAUUCAAAAUGCCAACUUUAAAAUUCCCUACAUUUGGAGCAGCUUCUCCAAAUGUCACAAUAGAGGUACCUGAUUUGGACAAGGACAUCAAGGUUCAUGGAACUGAAAUACCUGAUCCCAAGCUGACAAAAUUAGCAUUUAACAUCGAAAAGCCAAGUGUUGACCUUAAAGGUCCAUCUAUAGAUUUCAAUCGUAAAAGAAAUGACAAUGUCACUUUACCAAAGGUCCUGAUGAACGUCCAACCACCAAGCAUUGAACUCAAAGUGCCUUCUGGUGAAGUUGAAAUGCCUGAGGCAGCUGCUACAGAAAUGGAUGUAAAAAUGAAAAAGCCCAGGAAGUCAUUUGGAUGGUUUUCAAAACCAGAUGUGAAAGCACUUGAGGUAGAUGUCAGUCUUACUAAGGUGGAUUUGUCUCUACCUGAAGGAAAGGUGGUCAAAGAGUCAUAUGUAGAAAUGAAAGCUCCAGAGAGUCAAGUUGAAUUGAAAAAGGAAGGUUUUUCAGUUGAUGGAAAACUACAAACACAAAACAUAGAGGAUCAAAUAAUUGAAAUGGGGGUGAAGAAACCGCUGAUAACCUUUCCAAAAAUAGUUUUUUCAAGAUCUGAAAUUACGGCUCCUGAGACUGUUAUGAUUCCUCCAAAUGUAGACAUUUCACUCCCAGAGGGAAAAGAGUUCAAAGUGCCUGAAGUGAAAAUUGAAGCUCCAGAGAUUGAAGUUGACGUAAAAGAAGUUGUUGGCUCCCCCUCAAGAUUCAAAAUGCCAACAUUCAAAUUGCCUACAUUUGGUUCAACUUCAAAGGUGGCAGUAGUUGUCUCUGAUAAAGAGAAGGUUAUUGAAGUGCCUGGUGUAGAAAUUCUAGAUCAAGUACUAGGAGCUUCCUUUCCAGUUGAUUUGACAGAACCCAUGGAUACAGUUGACAUUAAAGGAUGUAGUGAAGUUCAUCUAUAUGUUGCUGGAUCUGAAGGGCCCUCAGUUGAAGAAGGAAUGACAAUAGCUGAUGUGGAUGUUCAUGGUGUUGACAGUUCAGAACUGACAAUUGAUGAUAAAAGCCAUGGCUUACCCAGCAAAGGUCAAGGCUCACCAAGUAAAUUCAAACUUCCAACCUUCAAAAUGCCCAAAUUGAGCAUUUCAAAAUCCAAACCUCAGAAUGAACAUGAACAUGAUGAUAUAAGUCCAAAUAUUAUUUUGGAGAAUAACGAAAUUCAUGUGGAACCACAAGGACCAGCGAUUUCACCAAAGUUGACAUUGACAACAUUCGGGGAUGUAUUAAGAAGCAUUGAUGUUGAAUUUUAUGUCCCUGCAUUAGAGGAAGUUGAGGAAAAGCUCACAGGCUCAAGGGAAGGACUCAGUGCUGAAACCCAGUCUAUCCAAGAAGAGGAAGAAGCAAAAGAAAAAUCCAAAUUUGUUUGGUUUAAGUUUCCUACAUUUGGACUAUCUUCUCCUUCAGAAUCUGCCAAAAUUUUAGAAAAAGAUACAUCUGAGAAAGAAGCAAGUGAGAACAGCCCUGCAGGUGACUCUGUGGAACAAGACUCCAGCUUGACCUUCUCAGUGCGGUCAUCGGAUGCUUUUGCAGAUAUCAGUUCUACCGUCACAAGCGAACAAGUUGCUCCAUCAUUGGCCUCUCCAACCAAAGUCACAGUGAAAUACUCUGACCCUAUUGCCACUGAGAUACAAGGUAAUAUCAUUACCUCCACAGCAAGGACAAAAAUGAUCUCUUUUGAACCCUACUUGGCAGAGAAGGUCACCAUUCCAAUGUCCUCUGGAGCUUCCUCCUCAUCAGUGGACACCCUAAAACUGGCGUCUGGUACACAUGUCAUCACAUCCAAUAUACAAGCAAUACCAGACACACAGAAAGCCACGCUCUUAACAGAUUUUGGAUUGCAGACAGGGACCGCCGGAGCUUCCUCUGCAUCUUGGUCAGUGGACGACACCAACAAAACACAGAGUGAUGGGCAAACAGUUAUUGAGAGGCAUGUAAUUAGGGAAAUGUCAGGCACUGACAAGGAAACGGUUGUCAUAACUCGAAGAGUUACACAUGUGUUUGGGGCUGAGCCCAUCUCAGAUGAAACCGCCUCAUCUAUCAAACAGAUGAAAGAAACUAUGCAUUCUGAAAAAAUGAAAUUCUUCGAUGGGGCUCAAUUGGAGUGACUUGGAGGAAUAUGAUAAAUCCCUCAAUUGAGAAGUAAUAUCAGUCAUAUUAUUAUUGUGCUCUUAAUAAUUAAUUGUGCUUUAAUUUAUGACAGAGUUUUAAUAUAUACAGUUAAAUGUUUUGAUUGUUUACUUAGUACACAAUAAAUAUAAAUAUACACAAGUUUGUGUACAUGCCCAUGAUACAGGAAGGGAUAUUUGCUGUUUUAACACAUCUCUGCAGGUUGUCCUGCUGUACAUAUAAUGGAGAGAAACUUGUUAAUCCACUGCCAUAUACAUUGAUAAAUUACCUCCGAUUUCUGCUCUUUAUUCCACUUCUGGGCAGCAAUAUAUAAAUAUAAGGUAUCAAUGAUUAUGACUCUGAAAAUAUGUUUACAAUUAUUUCACUGUAAAACCAUACAAAAUACUUAAUGAGUACGUAGUGAUAUAAAUACAAACCAUGCAACAUUAAUAGAACAAAAACACAGAACACAUAAGGAAGAAUGGCAAUCUGAACACUUAUUACCAUGAAAUAAAUAUAUGUUGCUAAAAUGUAAUGCUUGUAAUCAUAGUAAAAAAGAAAGAAAAAUAUAUAUUGAUGCAACUAUAUUUUGAUUAGAAUUAUGCAUAGAUUUAAUUUUCCAUAAUGUAUACUGUACCUAACAAAAACAUUUCUGGAUUUGUGUAUAGUUGGAAAAUUGUAUAUACAGUGCCUUGCGAAAGUAUUCGGCCCCCUUGAACUUUGCGACCUUUUGCCACAUUUCAGGCUUCAAAC